GCCGCGCUGCUCCUCUCUGCGGGGAAGGGCAUGGAGUUGGCGGGAGCGUAUAAAAAGCCGCCGUGAUGCGAAGCUGCCGUCCCUCCGGAGCUGCCGAGGGGCGCCGAGGGGCAGCGCGGUGCCAUGAUCAACCCCAACUAUUACCCGUGGGGCUACGACGGCGACAACGGACCAGAUCAAUGGCACAAAAAUUACCCUACUGCCAAAGGACGCCAUCAGUCCCCCAUUGAGAUCAAUAACAAAGAAGUGCACUAUGACCGCUCCUUGCUGCCCUGGUUUGCUAGUUACGAUCCUGGUGCAGCGAAGACCAUCCUCAAUAAUGGGAAAACCUGCAGAGUUGUGUUUGAUGAUUCUUUUGAUAGAUCAGUGUUGAGAGGUGGGCCACUUCAGGGGGUCUACCGGCUGCGUCAGCUUCACUUUCACUGGGGUUCAUCUGACGACCAUGGCUCUGAGCAUGUUGUGAAUGGAGUGAGAUAUGCAGGAGAGCUACACUUAUUACACUGGAAUCCAAAAUACAGUAAUUACCUUGAUGCUGUGAGAAGAACAGAUGGUAUAGCUGUUUUGGCCAUUUUUUUGCAAGUAGGGAAAACACCCAAACCAGAGAUGAAAAGAAUUCUUGAAGAAAUAAAUGCUAUCAAAACAAAGGGGAAAGAAGCUCCUUUUCCAAACUUUGAUCCCUCAAUUCUUUUCCCUAAAUCUCAUGACUACUGGACAUACCACGGUUCUUUCACUACUCCACCUUGUGAAGAGUGCAUCACUUGGAUUGUUCUUCGAGAGCCUAUCAUAGUCAGCUCAGACCAGAUGGCGAAGCUCCGUAGCUUAUCAAAGAAUGCUGAGAAUGAACCUAAUCUCCCCCUGGUUGAUAACUGGCGCCCAACUCAGCCUCGGUAUUUCAGGAUGGUGAGCGCAUCAUUCCUUUAGGACCUGGCUCAGGUUUGUUGCCCUUCAGUGAGGUGAUCUCUAGAACUAGGAAGUGGUCUUGCUUUGGAUCCUCUUGUAUUUACACAGGACUCCAGCUGUAGGUUUGGAGGCUGAAACUUUGAGAUGGAAAUUUCACUUUCAGAGGAUAAAAUUUACAUUUGAAAAUCCUACUACUAAAAUGGAAAUAAAAAAUCUGUUUGGCUCUUCGUAACUGCUUUAGCAUUAGCUUUUCUUAUUAGUAUGAAGGAAGAAAGAAGACGUUACUAAUGAAUAUAAAAGAAUUUCUUAUUGCCUGUGUCUCUUGGUGCUUGCCUUAUUACAAAUUAAAGAGAUUGCAGUUAAGAGAAGUAAUUGUUUUCAAAAUAAAACCAUAUUUUUUGGAAAUUGUUUUCAAACUAAGCGUGUUCUACUCUGAGCUGCACCAGUUAUGCACAUUAAUAAAAGAGAGCACUGUUGAUAUUUGAUAUUCAUAUAAAAUAGGUAAGGAUAGCAAACUGCUUCAUUACCACUGAUUUCAAAGUCAGCUUUUAACUUGAUAAAACAAAGGACAGGUGUAAACAAAGGUCUAUUCUGAAAACUGCGUUCACUAAAUCAUACUUAAGUAAAACUAUGGAAUUGAGGAAGAGCUAUUUCUAUUUGUGUCAAAACUCGUUGUCCAUAUUAAAAAACUAAUUUGUUUUUCAACGUUGUAGCAAUCAAAGUGACAUGGAUUUUGAGAACUUCAUCUUAGUAUCCUAAGUAUAUAUAUUUUCUCCAUGUAUGCUAAUAUCUUCUCUCUGUUAGUAGAUUGUUAAGAUAGCAAAAGUUCUUAAUUUUUAGUGCUUUUUUGAGGCAUAUUUUUUGUUCAUGUGCAAAUAUAAUUGGUUCUGCUAUUAAUGAGAUUUGUGCAUAAAUAUCUGAAUCCACAGUUUGACUCUUCUGAUCAAAAGGCAGUAGAUCAAGGUGUUCUUUCUCUUUUGUUUUGGCAUCAAGAACAAUGGAGCAGAAUUGUAAGCCAAUAGUUGAAAUAACAGUAUCUCUGCAUUUAAAA